GUUUACAUUUAACCCCGUCCUGACUUGACCAAGUAAACACGGAGUCCUCACGCGCUGUGCGGUGUGCAGAAAGUUAGCGUCUAACAAACUUUAUCUGCCGUCUGAAAGACCCUCCACAGGUGCCCACCAGCCCCUCAAAGAGCUCUCUAGACAUCUAUGCGGUUGCUUUAACUGUCAAUUCGAUGUCGCAGUGGAUGAUUUUCAGCCAUUCUGACUAUAUACGCGAAAGGACCCUGUAGUUUCUCAAGAAAGACGACGAGUAAACUCUGGAAGUAAACCUGUACGGCUCGAAAGCGGGACUAUCGUCGGAAUACAAACACUUGUAUUGCUCUGGCUUCAUUUAAUCUUCAUUCGUUUUGAUUUGGAGGAAAUAUGGCACGAAUGCUGAGCAAGGAGCUGCCGGAUAUCGAGAGUAUCCUGGCCUUGAAUCCUCGGGUCCAGACUCACGCUGCGCUCCUCUCUACCACGACCAAGAAAAUGGAGAAAAAACACUGGAAAAGAAACGCAGAGAAAGGCUGUGAGAGCUGCGUGAAGCUAGAGAACAAUUUUGAUGACAUCAAACACACGACUCUGAGUGAGCGUGGAGCACUUCGGGAAGCGGUGAGAUGUUUGAAGUGUGCAGAUGCACCAUGUCAGAAAAGCUGCCCGACCAAUCUGAACAUAAAUGGCUACAUUAGCAGUAUUGCAAACAAGAAUUAUUAUGGAGCCGCUCGGACCAUUCUCUCAGACAACCCACUGGGUUUGACGUGUGGGAUGGUGUGUCCCACCUCAGACUUGUGUGUCGGGGGGUGUAACUUGUAUGCAUCCGAGGAAGGUCCCAUCAACAUCGGGGGACUGCAGCAGUUUGCCACAGAGGUGUUCAAACAAAUGGGAGUUCCUCAGAUACGGAAUCCCGAUCUCCCGCCUCCACAUCAGAUUCCUGAGAGCUAUCACACUAAAAUAGCUCUGAUCGGCUGCGGCCCCGCCAGCAUCAGCUGCGCCUCUUUCCUGGCCCGCUUGGGGUACGACGACAUCACAAUUUUCGAGAAGAAGAGGUUCAUUGGAGGACUGAGCUCUUCCGAGAUCCCGCAAUUCCGCUUGCCGUAUGAAGUGGUUCAGUUCGAGGUGGAUUUGAUGAAAGACCUGGGAGUGAAGAUUGUCUGUGACCGAGGACUCGGCCGAGAUGGAAUGACGCUUCUCUCGCUGAAGGAGGAGGGAUACAAAGCUGUGUUCAUUGGAAUCGGUCUACCUCAAGCUAACAGACACAAGCUCUUUGAUGGCCUCUCAACAGAACAGGGUUUUUACACGUCGAAGGACUUUCUUCCUCUCGUCACGAAAGCCAGUAAACCAGGGAUGUGUGGCUGUCGCUCAGCGCUGCCGGAGCUCUGUGGUACUGUGAUCGUUCUGGGCGCUGGAGACACGGCCUUUGACUGCGCUACUUCUGCCCUGCGCUGCGGCACCCGCCGUGUGUUUGUGGUCUUCAGGAAGGGAUUCACCAACAUACGAGCAGUUCCUGAGGAGAUGGAGCUGGCCAAGGAGGAGAAAUGUGAGUUCCUGCCCUUCCUCUCUCCACGUGAGGUGUUGCUGAAGGCAGGCCGGGUCCAUGGAAUGGAGCUCUGCCGAACCGAGCAAACAGAGUCGGGUCAGUGGGUGGAGGAUGAGGAGCAGAUCAUACGACUGAAGGCCGACUAUAUCAUCAGUGCUUUCGGCUCUCUGAUGAACGACCAGGCAGUGAUAGAGGCCAUGGCUCCCAUCAGGUUAAACAGAUGGGGGCUUCCUGAGCUGGACCCAGAGAGCAUGCAGACUAGUGAGCCGUGGGUGUUCGCUGGGGGCGAUGUGGCCGGUCUGGCCAAUACCACCGUGGAAGCAGUCAAUGAUGGGAAACAGGCCUCCUGGCACAUGCACAGAUACUUACAGGAUUUGGUCACCAAUGUGUCUCCACGUAUUGUGCGUGGAACCACUUCCGGACCCUUCCUGAACAUUGAGCUGAUCAGCGAGAAGACGGCUGCCUAUUGGUGCCAGAGUGUGACGGAACUCAAAGCUGACUUUCCUGACAAUAUUGUCAUAUCCAGCAUAAUGUGCAGCUACAACAAAGCUGAUUGGACCGAGCUUGCCAAAAUGGCAGAGGAGUCUGGCGCUGAUGCCCUGGAGCUGAAUCUAUCAUGUCCUCAUGGAAUGGGGGAGAGGGGAAUGGGGCUCGCCUGUGGGCAGGAUCCAGAGCUGGUGCGGAACAUCUGUCGGUGGGUUCGGAAGGCUGUUCGGAUCCCGUUCUUUGCCAAACUCACCCCUAAUGUGACCAACACCGUGGACAUUGCCAAGGCUGCACAGGAAGGUGGAGCAGAUGGCGUCACAGCCACCAACACGGUUUCGGGGCUGAUGGGACUCAAGGCAGACGGCUCUCCCUGGCCUGGCAUCGGCCGAGGAAAGCGCACCACAUAUGGUGGAGUGUCUGGAAAUGCCAUCCGGCCAAUCGCAUUGCGAGCAGUAUCCGCCAUAGCGAAAGCUCUUCCCGGUUUUCCCAUUCUGGCCACUGGGGGCAUCGAUUCUGCAGAAUCCGGAUUGCAGUUCCUUCAUGCAGGAGCCGCAGUGUUACAGGUGUGCAGUGCAGUACAAAACCAGGACUUCACGGUGAUUGAAGACUACUGCACCGGUCUGAAAGCCCUGCUCUACCUCAGAAGCCUUGAGGAGCUCCAGGACUGGGACGGCCAGUCGCCUCCAACUGCCCGCCAUCAGAAAGGAAAGCCUGUGGCCACACUGGAGGAAGCCAAAGGAAGGUGUCUACCCAGUUUUGGCCCGUACCAGCAGGAAAAGAAGGAAGCGAUUGCAAACCACAUAAAGAAACUGAGAGACUUCAGUGACGACACUGUUUUCAGCAAAGGAACGAGAGUUUACGCUCCCAAGGGUCCUGUGCCAAGAGUUAAAGAUGUGAUAGCCAAAGCUCUGCAACAAAUCGGCGCCUAUCAAGAGCUCAACAUUGAGGAGCAAGUGCAAGCUCUGAUUGAUCCGGAGAUGUGCGUUAACUGCGGGAAGUGUUACAUGACCUGUAACGACGCUGGAUACCAGGCCAUUGUGUUUGACCCCGAGACUCAUCUCCCCACGAUUCAGGACAGCUGCACCGGCUGUACCCUGUGCCUCAGCGUCUGCCCCAUCAUCGACUGCAUCAAAAUGGUUGCCAGGACAACGCCUUACGUGCCAAAGCGAGGCCUCCCUCAAGCCGUGGAGCCCGUGUGCUGAGAGAAAACCCCAGACAAAAAAAAAGUCUACAUCACAGCAUUGAAUUUACUCGAUGUGGGAAGACCACGCAUAUCCUUUAACAAGAGCCACAAUGAUGGAUCGUCCACUACAUCCCGAACAGAAUGCAAUCACAUAUACAAGAGCUGCUGAUGGGAAAUGAGGAAAUGAAUGGAUUUUAAUUGAAUGGUGGAUGGUUGGGCUCGGAAUCACACUCGACGUUGUUUUCCAUAACGUAUGAUGAUUAGAAAAGGUUUGUUUGAAGUUAUACAUGCUAUAUUGUAUGCAAAAAGCCAGUAUACUUCUACAACUAAACCUGAAGUAGUAGUUACCUAAUUGACAUGAAUUGUAUUUAUUUCUCUCAAAGCCUUAAUAACAAAUAUGGUUGAUUUUGAUUGCAUUAGCCAUCUGGACAGGGUCAUUUAGAGAGCCGGUCUACAUCAGUAAUAUGCUGAACAUUUCGAGUAAAGGUCAUCUAUGACUAUUUCCAGACAUUAGAGAUGAAGACUAGCUGUUAUUCAUCUUGGACCCAAAAGGUCAAGUCUGACCACCUCUAUCUCUACAAAUACACGGCCCAUCCGUACCGCACAUACAAGCCCCUAGCUUGCUGUCUAUGAAGCAGACGAUCAAACACAGUGAUGGGCGGGGCAGGAUAACUGUGCACUUGUCCUUAACAAUGAUGAAUGAAUCUCAUGAAGAAAUGUCUUGGUCAUAUCUCAGCCCAAAAACAUACAA